CGUGCGCCAUCGGGUAGCUUGGAGGGAGGAGUGGGGCGCAUCUCUGCUGUGGGACGCUUGUUGUCAGCGUUUGGUUUGGGGUCGGAAUCCAAUUCCUAGUUUGUGAAGAGUGUGCGUUUCCAAAGAGCGAAGGGAGAGGGAAAUCUGGAGUGUGAAGUACCGGAAAACGAGUUGUGGUCCUGCCACUUGGUGGCUAGAGACCGUGGGCAAGUCGCUUUACCUGUUUAAACCUGAUUUACCUCAUUUCUCCGAGGGCUGACGUCGUUGAGAGCUCGGAAAUGUAGAGAGGCCUGGGGAAGGUUGCUGCAGGUGCUCUUAGGCCUCACGGUGGUGAGCUGAGGACGAUUAAAAAAAAAAAACAACGACGUGUUAACUUGGUUUCACUGAAAUGUUUUAUGAUAUUUCUGUAAUUGCUGCAAAAUUUGUUGAACCUGGAGAAUGAAUGAAAAUGUACGAUCACUGCAUGUGUGGGAGGAGUACAAAACUGUGUGGUGGAGCUUGUAUUCAUUUUGCUUAAAAGGCUGUUUAAAAACAUGCAGGGAGUUCCCAUUGUGGCUCAGCUGAUUAAGGACCCAGUGUUGUUUCUGUGAGGAAGUGGGUUUGAUCCCUGACCUGGCUCAGUGGGUAAAGAAUCCAGCAUAACCGCAAGCUGGUGCAUAAAUUGCAGAUGCAGCUCUAAAUCGACCCCUGGCCCGGGAACUUCCGUGUGCCACAGGUGUGACUAUAAAAAGAAAAAAAAAAAAGGUAAAUGUUAUAGAUCUAGAUAUAAUGCUUAUGGUUAUGGCAUGUUUAGAGUUGUUUUUGUGUGUGGUGUGAGCUAAGUAUUGAGCUUUGCUUUUUCUGCACGUGAGUUCGAGAACAAUUUGAUAUGAUGUAGGCCUCAGCUGCAGCUCUGAUUCAGUCCCUAGCAUCAGGAACUUCUAUUUGCUGCAGGUGCGGUGCUUAAAAACAAAAAACCCCACAACCUCCCCCCCCCCCAAAAAAAAAAUAUUAGUGUGCAGUGAUAAAUUAAACUUAGUCUUCCUAGAUAGGAAAGGCGAAAGCUCCCCCUGGUGUGCAUGAGUUGUAAAAUAUUGCUAUAUCUUGUUUUUAAAAUUUUUCACUUUAUAGAGCAAAUCAACACUUGGCAGUUUUUGAACAUAAUAAGAACUAGUGAAAAACGAUGCCACUGAUGAUAGAAAUCUUCUUUCUUAGAAUAUUAAUCAUUGUUUCAUGAAGAGAAUAAUUUUUUUCUUCAAUUUCAAUUGUGCCUUUGAGUUUGCACAUUUAGCUUAAUGGGCAGGUUUAGCUUAUGUUUAUAUUGUUUUGGAUAAAUUCAUUGCUGAUUUUAAUUAACUUACUGUCUGUGGCAGGGAAAUAAACUAAAAAUAAUCCUGGGGAAUCACAUAUAUUUAAUUUUUUUCUAAUCCUUUCAGGCUUACUGUGUUUCUCUUGUCUCCUGUUUCUUACAUUGAAUGCUUAUUUUCCAGAUUUUAAAAAAAUUAAUGAAUGCACUUAAGGUUAUACAUUUUCCUCCAGUUACCUUUUUUUGCCUGUAUUUCUCUCAUGCUAUUUGGGUCUUGAAAAUGCUCUGAUGUAUUUUUUUCAUUCUAUUUUUUUGUCUGAAUUCUGAGAUUGUGAGGAUGUCUUCUGAUUCAUCAGUUAACCUCUUGGACUCCAGGAAUUGAUUGUAAGGAAGUCAGCGUGUGAAAGAGUAUCAGCAUUUUAAAGCUCUUGAAACACAGAGGUCUGAGUAGCCUUCUGGAAAAAUCGUGCCAUGGCUGCCAAAAGUGAGCAUCAAAUAGUGUCAUCUGAAAUGUUGCCAGCAUUUAGUGAGACUGCUAAUGUUGAAAGAAAGCAAGAUUUAAGUGAGGACCAAACGGAGCACCAGAAGGCAGGAUUAGGUGAAGGGAUCGAACCAAUAUCCAAACGGCAAAUGAAGAAACUAAUGAAACAGAAACAAUGGGAAGAACAAAGAGAACUCCGCAAACAAAAGCGGAAGGAAAAACGCAAGAGGAAGCAAUUAGAGCGACAGUGUCAGCUGGAAUCAAACUCAGAUGGAAGUGACAGAAAACGUAUUCGAAGAGAUGUUGUUCACAGCACACUCCGCCUUAUCAUUGACUGCAGUUUUGACAGCUUGAUGGUGUUAAAGGACAUUAAAAAACUUCAUAAGCAGAUUCAACGGUGUUAUGCAGAAAAUCGACGAGCACUGCAUCCUGUGCAGUUUUACUUGACAAGCCAUGGAGGCCAGUUGAAAAAGAACAUGGAUGAAAAUGACAAAGGAUGGGUCAACUGGAAGGAUAUCCAUAUCAAACCAGAGCACUAUAGUGAAUUCAUUAAGAAAGAAGACCUGAUUUAUCUGACAUCAGAUUCACCUAAUGUACUAAAGGAAUUAGAUGAAUCAAAGGCCUAUGUGAUUGGAGGAUUAGUAGAUCACAACCAUCACAAGGGACUUACAUAUAAACAAGCAUCAGAUUAUGGAAUUGAUCAUGCACAGCUUCCCCUUGGAAAUUUUGUGAAGAUGAACAGUAGAAAAGUUUUGGCAGUUAAUCAUGUGUUUGAGAUUAUUCUGGAAUACCUGGAAACAAGAGACUGGCAAGAAGCAUUUUUCACUAUCUUACCCCAAAGGAAGGGAGCUGUUCCCACAGACAAAGCCUGUGAAAGUUCCUCACAUGACAAGGAAUUCGCCACAGCUGAAGGUGGAUUGAACAGUGAUUCCAGUGAGGAGGAAAAUAGCAGAAAUGAGCAAAAUUCACCACAUGAAGAAAAGCAGGAUAAAGAAAACAGCUCUGAGUCUACGGUGAACUCUGUACCACAGGUGAGCUGCAGCCACUCCCCGCCUCUUCAGGACACUGUCCAAGACCAACAGCAGGAUGAAGUUAACAAUGAAACCAAGCCACAAGAUGGAAGGACCCUGGGCCUCUGAAUCAGCAAGGAAAGUGAAGUCUUCUGCUGACUGAAAACACACACUUUGGAUUCUUAAGUGAGAAAUAAACAUCUGUUGUAUUUGAA